GCUGGAGGCAGACGGCAGCAGAGAGACCGGAGAGACGCACGCACAGCCGGAGGAGACUCGAGCCGAGCUGACCCGAGCAGGGAGCUGAAGGAGCUCAUCAGCUGUGUGUCUCAACACAGAUGUACCAUCACCUACACGGCCGCAGACCCGGCUCGGUGCUGGGCACCCGGAGCUAGGCGCAUGUAGUUGUGCCGCACGGCUCUUCUCACAACCUCUCCACCAUAGACUCUUAUUUUUGUCUCGUUUUUUUCUCAAUACUUCACUGCCUACCAUGGUGCUGGGCAAAGUGAGGGCCUUGGGGAUCUACUUUGACAGUUUGAAUGAGAACAGCCUGCCGGUGUUCUCCGGUGGAGACCUGGUGUCAGGGAGGGUGGUUGUGGACGUUACCGGGGAUGUGCGGGUGAAGAGCCUGGACAUAACGGCGAGAGGAGUCGCCAAGGUCCGGUGGACCGAGUCAAGGAACGCCGGGGCCAACACGGCUUACACUCAGAACUACACAGAGGAGGUGGAGUACUUGCACCAUUACGACACCUUGAUAGGAGAGGAGAGAGAUGAGGAGUGUCCAGAGGAAGGCAUGACUGUUCUGCAUGCCGGCUUGCACGAGUUCGCUUUCAGCUUCAAUCUUCCUCAGAUGGCUCUGGCCACUUCCUUUGAAGGAAAGCAUGGCAGCGUGCGGUACUGGGUGAAAGCUGAACUGCACCGUCCAUGGCUGUUACCAGUCAAAGCGAAGAAAGAGUUCAUUGUGUUUGAACACAUCGACAUCAACACGCCGCUGCUGCUGGCGCCUCAGGCUGGUACAAAGGAGAAAACGCUGUGCUGCUGGUUCUGUGCUUCAGGCCCGAUCUCCCUCAGUGCCAAGAUAGAGCGAAAGGGCUACACACCAGGUGAGUCCAUCCAAAUCUUCGCCGAGGUGGAGAACUGUUCGUCCCGCGUCGUGGUGCCCAAGGCUGCUCUGUACCAGACCCAGACCUUCUUCGCCAAGGGCAAGGGCAAGCAGAUCCAGCAGCUGGUGUCCAAUUUGCGGGGAGAGCCUCUGCCGCAGGGGAAGAGCCAGAGCUGGGAGGGCAAACUGCUCAAGAUCCCCCCAGUGUCCCCCUCCAUCCUGGACUGCCCCAUCAUCAGAGUGGAGUACGCCCUCGUGGUGUAUGUCGACGUUCCUGGUGGGUUGAAUUUGUCUCUUUCCUUGCCGUUGGUAAUAGGGACCAUACCUCUUCAUGCCUGCGCCUCCCGCACCUCCAGCAUCAGCAGCAACUGCAGCACUUUGAGUUGGCUGGGGCUGACGGAGAGACCUGAGGCGCCGCCGAGUUACAGCGAUCUGGCAAUAUCAGAGUCUCACAGGCGGGAUUGUCUGCAUGGCUGUGAUAGUUCUGACGGGGAGGGAGAGGACCGGGGAUCUCUGCUAACAUACAUCACAGAGUUUAGAUAUCUGCCUCCGCCACUCUACUCUGAGGUCGACCCGUACCCUGACCCUGUGGAAGUGUGCGGGGCCGCGGAUGUAAGGAGACCCGACACGUGUCCGUCCCGCUGAGGAACCCAGAGGUCUUCUGCACAAACAAGACACCGUCACCCUCCGCUCUAGGCCCACAUAGCCAGCUUCUCACCAGAUUAUAUAUCAUGAUAAAUAAGGCUAGAGUCAGCUGAGAGAGUAUUUGGUGACCACUGACGUAUGGACCAGGGAUUUCGAGCCAUGCUGGAUCCUCCACAUCCUGUGCUCGAGACGAGGCGAAAAAAAAGUUUCUGUCUGACACCACUGUAUGACUCUUGACGGGGCAGAAAACAAAGAUCACUCCCAGUGGUCAGAAGCCUCCUCCUGCCUCACAGUGAAUUUUGCACAUACCGUAAAUGCUGUUUCUAUCGGUGUUUUUUUUUUUUUUAUAUUCUGCAGAUUGCCGCAGGCCUAUAUGCUACAGUAGAUUCUGUCCACAGAUGUAAACAAUAUUUUUCUUUUUAAUCUAAAUGACACAUUUAAGACGAGGAUGAAAGCUAUCUUCAGUUGAACGAUAAUUCAGGUGGAAACUGUCUCUUUCUGUGAACAAAGCUUAAAAUUCACUCAGACAGAAAAACAGAGGAGACAGAAAAAGUAAAAUGGACGAUGCUUCUGAUGAAUAACUGCAGAUAUGUGUCUCAUAAACGACCACCUCGAGCACUUAAAAUACAGCUCAAAUUGUGUGUGAAUGUGUGUUUGUGAGCGAGAGAGAGAGUGUGUGUGUGAGCGUGUGUGUGUUGGUUUAAAUGACCAGGUAUAAACCCUGACAGGGUCAAGAGUAAAGCACAACUCCGACCAACCAAGAGAAAGUACCACAAGUCGCCUGUUGUUGUCUGCUCUGAACUAAAGCUUCUCUUGCUGUAGACCUUUCCAAAUGUUAAGAGCGUUUGUGCUCGUUGACAAGAAUGACAAAGAGUAAAAGAUAAAUGUUUACAGAUGAAUAUAUCAAAUUCCGAAUGUUGUUCAAACAUUACUUCUUCCACCUAAAAUUUCAAAGUGCAAUAUAUUUUUGUAUUUGUGAUUUUUUUGCACUAGUUUUUCAUAUACUCUGUUGCUGUUUCCAUUUCUGUGCAUUAUAUAUUAUUCAUGAUGUUAUUGCUGUCAUGAUCAACUUUUGAUAAAAUAAAAGGUUUAUUUUAUAAAA